AUUGUCUGGGUGUUUCAGAUGGCGAAAGGGUUUGCAAUGAUCAGCACAAACUUUCCUCUAGCAAUAAUCUUUUUAAUUGGAAUUUUAAUUCCGAUUAUCGCGAUGCGAAGGAGCAAUGAGCAGGUUUGCGAGAAUUCAAUACAACUAGAAAAUGAUUGUGGUCGAUAUUGCUUCAGGAUAGUUAAGCCUGUAUUGGACCACACCAGGGUGCUACAGCGGCAGGUGGAGGGCUGUAAUAUGAAUGAGAAAUCGGAAUUUAUAAGUAAAUUCGAACAAAUUGAACGUUUGCUGCUUGAAAAGUUUGAUGCAUUUGAAGAAGCCAUGACAAAUAUGGUCGAAAGUCUCAGUGAUAUGAGACCAUUUCAGAAAAUCGGUGCCAAAUACUAUUUCAUAGAGAACCAACUGCCUUUAAGCUGGUUUGAUGCCGCUGAGAGAUGCCGCCUAAUGGGUGCGCACCUGGCGAGCCCGCAGAAUAAAUUCGAAUACGAUGCCCUGAAGGCAAAUUUACAUAAAACCUAUUAUUGGCUGGACAUUAACAGCUUGGCUAAAAACGGCGAGUUCACCUCGGCAACAACUGGUGAAAAGGCAAAGUUUCUCCAAUGGCAGCGAGGCGAGCCGAACAAUGUCAAGGACAAUGAAAAGUGUGUGAUACUGCCCGGAUGGCCAGGCAACCAUAUGAACGAUGAAGAUUGCAAGAAAACAUUCUACUUUGUCUGUGAGAAAGGUCGACACAUGCUUAAGGCGCAUUGACAAUGCUUUCUAUAAUUCGCAAUAAAUGAUUUCUUUUGUUCUGCUCUCUGUAAUAUGAAGUGCUUCAGAUCUUGAUGUAAAAUCAAUUUAAUAUACUCAAAUAAAAUGUCCCUUUUCUGUCCAA